AUGAAAACACUCACGGCCCUAGUAUGCCUCGCCAGUCUAGGCCUGGCGCUACCUAUUCAUGAAAGCCGCGACCAAACACAUUCUACUCUUUCAUCCUAUGACUCGCGAAACCCACAAAAGCAGCAAGUUACCGUGAAGAAAAUCGAGUACCAUGGCACAGAUGCUCCUGUUUUCGAAGAGUACACGGUGUCUCAGCGACAACUUGAGGAAUUACCUUUUAUUCGGUCCAACGAGAAGGAAUUUAAUAUUUCAGAUCGGAGAAUCACACAGCAAGGUCUUUUAAAGUCGUCGGCUUCAAAGAGCUCAUCGCAAUAUGGCAUCUUCUUGGGGAAAUCGGUAUCCUUCACGCAUCACAAGUCGGCUGCAUCGGCAUAUCGCAAAUCCGUUGAUAUUCUUGAUCUCCUCGAUCGGCAUGGCCCAGAGUGCGUGGGUAUAUCUAUCUUCGUGCUCGUUCCCAUUGCAUACUUUAUCUUGGAGCUGCUGGAGCUUGUCUUCAAAUUCUUCGUUCCAGAACGGUUUCCGGAGCGAGGACGUGGUCGGUUGAAGUUAUUGGGCCCUGAGAGACAAAUUAGAGCUUUGGGUGAUUUACAACGGGAGAAAACGGUCGAGACUCAGAGAUACUGGUGGCAGGGUCGGCGGAUUCGAUGA